AUGAUCAGCGCUGCUCUACUAACCCUUCUCCCUGUCCUUGCUCAUGCCAACCCCGUCGAGAAGCGAUGGCAAGCCGAGACAUGGGUAGGGUCCCCUACCAGCAACGUCUACCCUCCCAAUGGAACCUCCGUUAACACUGCCCUGUUUCCUCCCGAGUCCGUCGUAGGCUACGCUGGACCGACUCCCACCGGUAUCGAGCCCGCUGCUAUUCAAACUGCCUCUGCGUACCCAUACACCCAGAUGCCGGCUUUCCGAUGGCCUUUGGUUGUCGAUCAACCAUACGAUAACCCGUCCACACCUUUCGACAUCACCCAGUACUGGGGUAACUUGAGCCCUGUCUACAGUGUCAACUCUUCUAUCUUUGGACUUCCCGGUGCUUCUCCUCUUGUCCCUGACCAAUGCACCAUCACUCAAGUCCAUAUUCUCUACAGACAUGGCGCUCGAUACCCUACCGGUGGAUCUGCUCCUGCUCAGUUUGCCGAAAAGCUCAACGCAGCCGCCAACAAUGGAUCCACUUGGUCCAGCUGGGGAGAUCUCGAUUUCCUCAACCACUGGCAAUAUGGUCUCGGAGCUGAGAUCUUGACUCCUUUCGGACGCUUGCAAAACUUUGAGCUGGGUGCGGGAUUCAGAGUCCUCUACGGAGAACUCCUCAACAACUUUACCGCCGCUGGCACCUUGCCAGUCUUCAGGACAGAAUCGGGAGAUCGAAUGGUCCACACCGCCGACAACUUUGCAGCUGGAUUCUUCGGUGUUCCCGACUACCUCACUGAAGUCAACAUUGAGCUCAUGGUCGAAGCUAACGGUGUCAACAACACUGGAGCAGCCUAUGACAACUGUCCCAACGCCAACGGUGCGCCUUCUGAUAUCGGUGGAACCGUCGCCAAGGAGUUCGCUGUCAACGCCUUCAAUUCGACGCUCGCUCGACUCAAUUCGGAAGUCAAGGGCAUUCAAUUCACUCCUAGUGACGCCAUUGCGAUGCUUCAAUUGUGCGCUUACGAGACUGACGCCAUUGGCUACUCUCAAUUCUGCAAGCUCUUCACCUCGGAAGACUAUAUGAACUUUGAGUACUACUAUGACCUCAUUUUCUGGUAUGAGAAUGGACCCGGCAGUCCCGUCUCCGCCGCUCAAGGCAAAGGUCUCGCUGAGGAACUUGUCGCCCGUCUCCUCCACCAACAGAUCACCGUUUCCGACUCUGCUGUCAACUCGACGCUCGACUCGUCUCCCAUCCUUUUCCCCGUCAAUAACUCGAUCUAUGCCGAUGCGACGCACGAAGUCAUCGUCGGAGACACCUUGACAGCGCUCAACCUCACCGCUGUAUUCGGUACUGAGCCCCUCUCUCCGACUCAGCGAUCAAACGGAAGCGUCUUUUCCACGUCCCGAGUCUUCCCCUUUGCGACUCACCUCGUCUUCCAAGUCCUCGAGUGCCCCAACAUGAGCCCGUCCAAGCAGGGCCGAUGGAUCCUCAACGACGGAGUCAUCCCCAUCGACCAGAGUCACCCUGGAUGUCCUUGGAACAAGGACGGUCUCUGCCCUCUCAACACUAUCAUCAGCGCUCUCCAGAACCGACUGGCUGAAAUCGAUUUCAACUAUGCCUGUAAUGGAAACUACACCUAUGGCCCGGGCAACAACUAUGGUGGUCUCGCCCCAAAGUCCUAA